AUGCCGACGGGAUCGGUGAGGCUGCAGAGCAUCAAGAGGCUGGGGCAGGACAACCACAGCUACGAUGUGUCGGACGACGAACCGUCCGGCUCCUACAUGACGAUGACGAACUCCAACAAGGGCAGCAAAACUCCGGAGGAUUCGGAGAAACCGGCGAUCAGAGUGGGCUUCUUCCAGCUGUUCCGCUUCGCGACCUGCAAAGACGUGGCGAUGAUGGUGGUGGGCGGCGUGUGCGCCAUGCUGCACGGCUCGGCCCAGCCGCUCAUGCUGCUGGUGUUCGGCAUGCUGACCGACACCUUCAUCGAGUACGACGUGGAGCUGAACGAGCUGCGCGACGACCGCAAGGAGUGCGUCAACAACACCAUCGUGUGGAAGAGGAACUACACGGAGGCGUACGACCCCGCGGCGCCGCCGCCCACGGGCUGGGGCCUCAUCAACAACUCGACGUGGGAGAUGCUGACGCCGCUCCGGCCCCUGAGGUGUGGGAUUCUUGACAUCGAACAUGAGAUGACCUUGUUCGCCUUCUACUACGUGGGGAUCGGAGUCGCAGUUUUCUUGCUUGGCUACCUUCAGAUCUCGCUGUGGGUGAGGUCCGCCGCCAAGCAGGUCCAGCUCAUCAGGAAGCUCUACUUCAGCAAGGUGAUGAGGAUGGAGAUCGGCUGGUUCGACUGCACCUCUGUGGGGGAGCUCAACACGCGGCUGUCGGACGACAUUAACAAGAUCAACGACGCCAUCGCCGACCAAGUCUCCAUAUUCAUCCAGCGCUUCACCACUUUCAUCUGUGGCUUCUGCAUUGGGUUCGUGAAGGGGUGGAAGCUGACGCUGGUGAUCGUGGCAGUGAGCCCGCUGAUCGGUCUCGGCGCCGGUCUUAUGGCCUGGUUUGUGGCGAAGCUGACGGGAAUGGAGCUGCAGGCGUACGCUAAAGCCGGCGCCGUGGCCGACGAGGUCCUCUCCUCCAUCAGGACCGUGGCUGCUUUUGGCGGAGAGCAAAAAGAAGUGCAAAGGUACGACAGGAACCUGGUGUCGGCCCAGCAGUGGGGCAUCAGGAGGGGUCUGAUCAUGGGUUUUUUCACCGGGUACCUGUGGCUGAUCAUCUUUCUCUGCUACGCUCUGGCCUUCUGGUACGGUUCCACUCUGGUGGUGGGCGCUCAGGAAUACACCCCGGGAACGCUGCUGCAGGUGUUCUUUGGGGUCCUGGUAGCAGCCAUGAAUUUGGGGCAGGCCUCGCCAUGCCUGGAGGCGUUCGCAGCCGGCCGCGGAGCCGCCACCAUGAUCUUUGAGACCAUUGACAGAGAGCCGGAGAUCGACUGUUUGUCCGAGGCCGGGUACAAGCUGGACCGAGUCAAAGGGGACAUUGAGUUUCACAACGUGACCUUCCACUACCCGUCCAGACCUGAAGUCAAGAUAUUGGACCAGCUCAACGUCGCAGUGAAGUCCGGGGAGACCACGGCCUUCGUGGGACCGAGCGGGGCCGGGAAGAGCACCGCGAUCCAGCUCAUCCAGCGCUUCUACGAUCCCAAAGAGGGCAUGGUGACUCUGGACGGCCAUGACAUCAGGGGCCUGAACAUCCAGUGGCUGCGAUCGCUGAUGGGCAUCGUGGAGCAGGAGCCGGUGCUGUUCGCCACCACCAUCGCGGAGAACAUCCGCUACGGCCGGCCGGGCGUCACCAUGGAGGACAUCAUCACUGCCACCAAGGAGGCCAACGCCUACAACUUCAUCAUGGACCUGCCGCAGAAAUUCGAAACGCUGGUGGGGGAGGGUGGAGGCCAGAUGAGCGGCGGACAGAAGCAGAGGAUCGCCAUCGCGCGAGCUCUGGUCCGGAACCCCCGCAUCCUGCUGCUGGACAUGGCCACCUCCGCUCUGGACAACGAGAGCGAGGCCGUCGUGCAGGAAGCUUUAGAUAAAGUACGCAUGGGUCGCACCACCAUCUCCAUCGCUCACAGGCUGUCCACCAUUAAGAACGCCGACGUGAUCGUCGGAUUCGAGCACGGCCGGGCGGUGGAACGAGGCAAACACGCCGAGCUGCUGGAGAGGAAGGGCGUCUACUUCACCCUUGUCACCCUGCAGAGCCAAGGAGACAAAGCUCUGAACGAGAAGACCCAGAAGAAGUCUGACGGUGAAGACCACCCGGAGAAGCUGAACCUAUCCAGAGCCGGCAGCUACCGAAGCAGUCUCAGAGCUUCUGUCCGCCAGCGAUCCCGAUCCCAGCUGUCAAACCUGAUCCCAGAAUCGUCGGUCAACAUGGCGGGAGAGAUCGGCCCCAGGACCUACUCUCUUUCCAAACCCGAAGUAUCCAAGAAUACCACCCUGGAUGAGGAAGAGGAGGAGGCGGUGGAACCUGCUCCGGUCGCUCGGAUCCUGAAGUACAACGCCCCCGAGUGGCCUUACAUGCUGUUCGGAUCCUUCGGGGCCGCCAUCAAUGGAGGCGUCAACCCCGUCUACGCCCUGCUGUUCAGUCAGAUCCUGGCGACAUUCUCCAUAACGGACCCCGACGUUCAGACGCGGGAGAUCAAUAACAUCUGCACCUUCUUCGUCAUGGUCGGCGUCGUCUCCUUCUUCACUCAGAUGCUGCAGGGUUACGCCUUCUCCAAGUCAGGGGAGCUGCUGACCCGCAGGCUGCGGCGCCUGGGCUUCCACGCCAUGCUGGGCCAGGAGAUCGGCUGGUUCGACGACCACAGGAACAGCCCCGGGGCGCUGACCACGCGGCUCGCCACCGACGCCUCGCAAGUGCAGGGGGCCACGGGCUCGCAGAUCGGCAUGAUCGUCAACUCCCUGACCAACAUCGGCGUGGCCGUCAUCAUGUCCUUCUGCUUCAGCUGGAAGCUCACGCUGCUCAUCCUCUGCUUCCUGCCCUUCAUCGGGCUGUCGGGCGCCUUCCAGGCCAGGAUGCUGACGGGCUUCGCCAAGCAGGACAAAGUGGCCAUGGAAUCCGCCGGACGGAUUUCCGGCGAGGCUCUGAACAACAUCCGCACCAUCGCCGGCCUGGGGAAGGAGAGGAGCUUCGUGGAGAUGUACAACGCCCAGCUGGACAUGCCCUACCAGGCGGCGCUCAAGAAGGCCAACGUCUACGGGGCGUGCUACGGCUUCGCCCAGUGCGUCGUCUUCUUCACCAACUCUGCCUCCUACAAGUUCGGCGGCUACCUGGUGCGACAGGAGGGGCUCCAUUUCAGCCUGGUGUUCAGGGUCAUCUCGGCCAUCGUGACCAGCGGCACGGCCCUCGGGAGGGCCUCCUCCUACACCCCCGACUACGCCAAGGCCAAGAUCUCGGCGGCGCGCUUCUUCCAGCUGCUGGACCGCGUGCCUCAGAUCAGCGUCUACAGCGGCAAGGGCGACAAAUGGGACAACUUCAAAGGAAACCUGGACUUCAUCGACUGUAAGUUCACGUACCCGACCAGGCCGGACAUCCAGGUCCUGAACGGCCUCAACGUGUCGGUGAAGCCCGGAGAGACGCUGGCCUUCGUGGGCAGCAGCGGCUGCGGGAAGAGCACCAGCAUCCAGCUGCUGGAGCGCUUCUACGACCCGGACCACGGCAAAGUGCUGAUCGACGGCCACGACUCCACGCACGUCAACGUGUCCUUCCUGCGCUCCAAGAUCGGCAUCGUGUCCCAGGAGCCCAUCCUGUUCGACUGCAGCAUCGCUGAGAACAUCAAGUACGGCGACAACUCCCGGGAGAUCGGCAUGGACGAGGUCACGGCGGCCGCCAAGAAGGCCCAGCUCCACGACUUCGUCAUGUCGCUCCCCGAGAAAUACGAGACCAACGUGGGCGCGCAGGGUUCCCAGCUGUCCCGCGGUCAGAAGCAGCGCAUCGCCAUCGCCAGGGCCAUCAUCCGCGACCCCCGCAUCCUGCUGCUGGACGAGGCCACAUCCGCCCUGGACACGGAGAGCGAGAAGACGGUGCAGGACGCCCUGGACAAAGCCAGGGAGGGCCGGACGUGCAUCGUCAUCGCGCACCGCCUCUCCACCAUACAGAACUCCAACAUCAUCGCCGUCAUGUCGCGGGGCAUCGUGAUCGAGAAGGGCACGCACAGCCAGCUCAUGGACCUGAACGGAGCGUACCACAAGCUGGUCACCACGGGGGCGCCAAUCAGCUAA